GGUGCAUUUAUCUUUUCUAAAGAGUUCUGAAAGCUAGUAGAACAGAGAUUCAUGCCCAAGAAUAAAAGAGAAAACUAUGACAUGCAUACCAAGGUACUUACCAGCCUGUUGUUCGCCACAUUCAUAGGCACCAGCCUCUCAAGAUCUGUGUCCACAUCCUACCAGGUAGAUGAUGGCUUAAGCAGACAAGCGAAGGCUGGACCACGACCAGACAGGAUGCCCAUCCGGCGGGACUGGCCAGGAGAUUUAUCUCAGGACCAGAAGUAUUUGGUCUCCCAAUUCCUGCCUCACCUCUAUGCAGCAGAACUUGCUAACAGUUUCCAGGAUACUGAAGCUCAUUUUCCCAGCUGGAUGGACUUUGGACGCCGAAGCUCUGAAGACUUGGAUGGAGAUGCCUAAGUGAUCAGCUCCCCAGGAGCGGCUCAAGCCAGGCUGGAGGGAAGGCAAGGAGGAAGGAAGAGGCAGCCACACAGAUUCUAAAUACUGUAGUCAUAAGCCUUUUACCAAUUUCCAGACCAGUUUCUCAUACUGCUUGUGCCAAU